ACACACACACACACACACACACACUCCAUUCAGAGACUGCCGCUCCAGGGCUGCCUGGUACCCCUCAUCCUCUGCCCGGACAAACAUGUCAGACUCAGUGAAAGACGAAGUGGCGAACGCCGAUAAGUCUGAGAGGAUCCACGUUGUCCUCAGAGGUGUCACCGAGAGCGGGGCGUUCGCCAUCAGAGGAGACUGCACCGUCAGACAGCUGAAACGACGUCUGUCGGAGCGGCUGCGCGCCCCAGCGGAGCGUCUGGUGCUGACCCGCUCCGGACGGGUCCUCAGGGAGUCAGAACUCGUGAGUCACAUCAAAGAACGGAAAGGAUGUGUCAGCCUCUGCAGCAGCCGGAGCCCUGAUCCUUCACCUGCUCGGGCCAUCAGCGACCCGACUUCAGAAGCUGUUCAGUCCGAGCUAACGGCUGAUCCUGAUCCAGACCAAACACAGACUCCUACUUCUCCGCUCUACCUGGUCGAGGGUCUGGACAGCCUUGGCUUGGAAAACAGCCGAUCCAGCUUUUUUACGGCCCUCCGGAGCCUAACGGAGAGCCGGCUACAGAGCGACCCAGAGAUGACGCACCGUGUCCCGGCCAGCCCCCCGGUGCAGAACACGCUCUGCACCUCCAGCCCUCAGUCAGCGAGACGGCUCAGUCUGUCUAAUCCACAACUUCAGCAGGUACUGAAAGCAAACCCUGAGGUUGAGGACAUGUUUAACAUCUCAGAAAAGCAGGUGCCGGAGCUCAUCGGGGAGCCUGAAAUGAUGGAGGAAGCGAUGCAAAAUGUAGGCAGAUCUUCAGAAAACGUGGCCUUGGUGCAGGGUAACCACGAAAACACGGCUGCUCUGGAUGUCCUUCAAACAACGGGUGAAAAAAUGCAGCAGCAUCAUCGUAAACAAUCCCAGGAAGCGACGUUCCCAUUAGUGACCACAUCGAGGGAAAGUCAUCAGAAAGCAGAAGGACGAAGCAGCCCACCUCUUGCCAGUGACUACAGAGAUCCCCACAGAGAGCUGACGGCUACACCCCGAGCCGGUUCAAGCUUUCAGAGCACUCUCACAGCAGUGGCUGCUGCCCUCCUUCCUGCUGCAGGUAUGCAGUCGCUCCUGGAGGGGAUCAGUGCCAGGCCGGGUCUGAUGGAAAGUCUCAUGUCUGGGCCGCACAUCAACAGUCUUCUGAACUGCCUCAGCCAGAACCCGGACUUUGCUGCACAGAUGCUGCUGAGCCAUCCUUUGUUCUCUGGAAAUGUUCCUCUGCAGGAGCAGAUGAGGCAGCAGAUCCCUCUCUUUCUGCAACAGAUGCAGAGUCCAGAGCUGCUUUCUGCGAUGCUGAACCCCCGAGCCAUGGAGGCUUUGCGACAGAUCCAGCAUGGUCUACAGACGCUGGCUGUGGAGGCCCCCCUCCUCAUGCCUGUGGCUGGACUUGGAACCAGUGGCGGUUCUGGUCCAAACAGUGCUUCUGAGCAUCCAUCGGAUCCUGACCAGAAGAACCAGUCUGGAUGCAGUCCUCAGAAAGUCCCUCUGACGCAGCAGCAGCAGCAGCAGCAGCAGCAGCAGCAGCAGCAGUUUGUGCAUCAGAUGCUAAAGGCACUAGCUAACACCAGCAAUGAGGUCCGUCGUGAGGAAGAGGAGGACUUCCAGGAGGAGUUGCAGCAGCUGAGCUCAAUGGGCUUCAGAGACAAACAGGCAAACCUUCAGGCCCUCAUCAGCACAGGAGGAGACCUGUGCUCUGCUCUACAUCUGCUCAGUCUCUGACAGAACAGCAGUAAACCAAGGGUCAGCUGUUGAGAAACAUCCGAUGCAAGUGCAAGCCAUAUUUCUGCACACGAGGCAUGAUUUAAUCCCGGUAUGGUGGUAAGUUACUUGUACUGGUAGAAACGUACGUCACACCAACACAACCGAGCACUAACAUAGCUGUAGGUAGAUGUUAUAAGCGUUAAUUAAACAGGGUCAUU